GGCCGGCAGCAGCUGGAGGUGCAGCAAUAUUUUGGUCUUGAUUUUGGUAUUGUUCUUGGUGUUUCUGCAAAAUUUGUUUGCGUCUUACGCUUUUCGUGUCAAUUUCGGCAUUUUUUGAAUCUCCGUAAAGGAAAAUUCACAUUUGAAAAAUGUCGAAAGUGGCUAGAGCGGUGAAAAAUGUCAAAAAAGUCGUGGAAACGGUGCAACACAAGAGGAAGAUGCGGACAAACAUUCCUGCAGGCAUGGCUGUGGCCGGUCCGCCUUUGGGACCACAGCUUGGACAGAGAGGAAUCAAUGUGGCAGCUUUUAGCAAGGAUUUCAACGAAAGAACCAAAGACAUGAGGGAAGGCGUCCCGCUGCCCUGCAGAAUUUGGGUGAACGACGACAGAAGUUAUCAAUUGGUCAUUCAUCAACCAACAGCCUCAUUCUUUGUAAAACAAGCAGCAGGCAUUACAAGAGCUGCGAUGAAACCUGGUGUUGAAACAGCUGGAAAAAUAACCUUGAAGCAUGUCUACGAAAUAGCACAAAUAAAAGCAAAGGAUCCCCCUCUGGAGUUCUUCACGAUGCAAGAGAUUUGUGCCCUGAUCAUUGGCACUGCACGUUCAUGUGGAAUCGAAGUGGUCCGAGAUUACGAUCCCGCAGAGUACGCGGAGUUCCUCAAGGAGAGAGAAAAAGUCGUGGAGCAGCAGAAGCAAGAGUUGCAGGAAAUCAAGGAAGCAAAAAUGAUGAGAACUGCUUAGUGACAAUAAACUGGAGACUAGUGAAUUAGUGAGAAACCCAAGAAUUUUGUAGAUAACUUAAUCAAAUUAAAUUACAUUGUGCUUGUGUAAAUACUAAA